CUUUUGAACUUCCUUACCUGCAGAGAAAAAGAUAAAACUCAAUAAUGCUGCUCACCACUCGGAAUGUGGUGUGUUUUGCUCUUCAUAGUUGUUUCUAAACUAGUUCUUUUAGUCCACGAAGCAAUAACAAACACUCAAUUUCAGUCAGCACUGAACACCAAAACCAUGGACGACUCGGUGCCGAAUGUUGCUGAGCUGGAGGAUCAGUUCGCGGCUCAGCAGAGCAUGAUUGAGCAAAUGCGGGACACACUGCUGCAAAGGGAACAAACCGCUUCCUCGAACGAGAAAAAAGUACAGGACUACGCCGCAACUCUUUCCCGAAUCAGAUCUUCCCACCGUCCCAGCAAGAAAAAGGAAGACAACAAGAGUUUGAUGGCCCUGGAUAUUACCCCUGAAAAAGGGCCGAGCAGCAAGAUGACUCUGCUCAGGAAGCAGAUGGAGGAGAACAGGGCGAUUUUGGAGCAGCGAGGCAAGCUGAUCAACGAGCACAAGCAGAGUGUCGAGGGAAUGGUGGAGUUGCUCAGCGCCCAGCUGACAGAGAAAGACUUGGCCUUGGAGGAAGUUAGACGCACCAGGGAUGCGCAAGAAAACCGGCCGAUGAUAAACCCGACUUCGGAAGAGGGUAGAGAGCUGUACGCUCAUGUUAUGGAGAGAGACAACAAAAUCAUCGAGUUAAAUAACAAGAUAUUGGAGCUGGAAAGAAGCAUAAUGGAUUAUGAGGAAACGCUCAGAGAGAAAGAGUCCGUGCUCGAAGCGAGGACCAGAGCUGUCGCUUUGGUGCAGGAGGACUUAGGCCACAAGCAUUCUAUUGCUGUUCACCAGUUGGAGGACGCGCUCAAGGAGGUUGCCGAGUUGAAGGCUGUUUUGGCCACGCAGGAGGAACAAUUGAAGCAGGAGAAACUUCGCCUUGCAGAGAAUUUGGCCGCAAAGGAGCAAAGACUGUCGCAACUAGAGACAAUUCGUUUCGAUUUGUGCACCCGCAAUGCAGAGUUGCAGCACAAAAUCGUAGCUUUGCAAACAAAGAGUCACGAAGUUCUCUCCCAAGGCCUUCCGCAGGACAAAGAGCGAAUCGAGGAAUUGGAGGCCAAGAUUGAAGAAAUUUCUGCCAGUGCUGCGGAGGAAGUAAAUGCCCUUAAAUCCAAGCUUGAAGACAGUGCCAAGCUCUUGACCAAAGCCAAAGUUGCAUACGCGAAGAAACUUAAGAAUUUGGAGCAGAAGCUGCAGCAAAGUGGCAACGUUCAAGAGUUGGAGCAAAAGGUUGCAGAGCUCGAAGAGGAAAAGGGAAAUUUGCAGUUACUUCUAGUCGACUUUGAAGAAAUAAAAGCUUCCGAAAUGUUGUUGAGAGAGAAGGUUAGUGAACUGGAAGCACUUACGGCCCAACAAAUGUCUACGCUUGAAGUUCAAUCAAAAAAUUUGAGGGAACUAGAAGAAACAAAUGCGACUAAUUAUGCAGAGCUGCAACAAUUGCGUGCAUCUGAGGCUGAGCUCCAAACCGAGCUGGAAGCGGCCAAAACGAUGGUGCAGGACAGCGAAUGCACGGCCGUGCGGGCCAAUAUGAAAACAGUUGAACUGGAGGAGCGGCUAGAGCAGGCUGAAAAGGCGUACAAGCAGCUAACGGCCGAGGUGGAGAGCCUGGUUGCCCAAAAAGUGACAAACAGCUCCCAAGAGUUGCAAGAUGUCGUGGACGCUGCAUCAAGAGAGAAAUCUGCAUUGUGUGAUGAGAUCGAGCGGCUGGAACAAGAGCGUUCUGCUCAAGAAAUGAUUUAUAAAGAAGCCUCAGAAGCCCUGGCGCGCGUGCAGCAGACGCUGGCGCUCAAGGCCACGGAGCACGAGGCCGAAGUCGAGUCUCUGCAGGCCCAGAUCGCCGCCAAGGAGCAGCGGGCGAGCCAGCUGGAGGAGCGGAUCGCCGUCCUGACUGAGGAGUCGCAGCAGAGCCUCGCUCAGCUGAACCAGAGUCUGGGUGAAGCGCAGCAGGUGCAGGAGGCGCUGGCCAGGGCAAACUCCGUUGUCACGGAGGAGGAGGGCCGAAUCGCCAUGGCGGACCAACAGAUCGCGUCCUUGGAGAUGCAGAUAAGUGAUCUGCGUCGAGAGCUGGAACAGAGCAGGCAGUACCAGGAGCAGGAGUCGCAGGCCAGGAGUUACGCGCAGGAGGAGGUGCGCCAGCUCAGGGCGAGGCUUGAGGAGAGCGCUGUGCAGCUCGAGAGCGCGUCGGAAACGCUGUCGCAGCUGGAAAGUUUGCGACAGGAGCACGACAAACUUCAAAGAAGGUAUGCCGAUGAAACUACCUCUCUGAAGUCACGCUUGGAGCAGGCCGAAGAUGAGGCGUCCGCGUCUGCCUCCCAGGCUGGACAGAACCACAAAGACCACCAAGCGGCCAUGGAGAGUUGGAAUAAAGAGAUGCAGUUCUUGAAAGAACACAUCACCGGCCUAGAAUCUGCCAACAAUGAGCUCUACGAGCAGAUCGAGAACUUGGGCCUAGAAAAGGAGAGUGUUCAGUCAGAGUUGUGGAGCUUGCAAGAGGAACUGAGCAAUCUGAAGCAGUCCACGGAAAAUAUUCAAGAUGAGACCCUGAGGUCAUUAAAUGCUGAAAAGGAGAACCUGAACCAACAAAUCCAAGUUCAUGUUGCCCAAAUAAAUGAGCUCCAGUCUUUCAUCGACACUCAGAAAUCAGAACUUGAGAGUUAUCAAUCGUCUGUGACCUUGCUGACUAGGGAUCUUGAGGAUCGAAAGGCUGUGGAUGGCAGUCGGGAACAAGCCUUAGAGGAGUUCAGAGCUAAAUUACAAUCUUUGGAGGUGGAUUUGAAGACAUCUUCUGAAGAAAAAGAGCAGUUGCUCAAACAGAAUGGAGACCUGCAUGCUCAGUUGCUCUCUCACCAAAACCAACAAAAUGCCAUGGAAGGCAUGAACGCACAUAUGGCGAGUGUUUCAAAUGAGCUUGAGCAACUCAGGUGGACAGUCGGGGAAAAGGACCAAGCACUCCAGAUGAUCGGCCAGCAAGUUGCUAGUUACGAAAAUCACUGCAUUGAGUUGAACUCUCACAUUAAAAAAAUGGAAGAGAGCCUCGCCCAGAGCAACGCGAGCAAGGAGCAACUUCAGAAAAACUUAAAUGAGAGCCAGUUUUUGAUAACUCAAAUCCAGACGGACCAGCAGAGAAAAGAGGUGGAAAUCCAUUCCAAACUCUCUGAGCUCGAGUCGAUCAACAACAACCUCCAGGAGUGUUUAGAGCAAGAGAAGAAAAGCCAUGAGGCGCAAGUUGCCAGUCUCAUGCUCCAAGUUGGACAGUUGACCGAGCAAUUAAAUGAAGCUCAGCAAUUAAACAAGUCUUCCAUUAUCACUGACGAGGUUACGUGGGGAGAAGACGCUUGGCAAGAGCCAGUGCACCAACCUUUUGCCCCCACGGAAAAUUCCAAUGCCUACUUGGUGGCCGAGCUGCAGAAGCAGUUGCAGGAGGCGGAGGAGGUGCAGGCAAAGCUCACUGAAGACUUGCGUGCGUCGCAAAUCCGAUGUGGCAAGGCGCUCAAGCAGCUCAAGUUGAUGAAGGAGCAAAAGAAGCCUGCGUCUGACCUUGACAAGGUGAUGGAAGAGGAACUUCAGUCGCAAAUUGCUGCCUUGCAAAAGGAAUUAUCUGAAACGCAAGCUGAGCGUUCUGUUUUGGCGGCAAAGACUGAAACUUUGAAGGACGCAAACCUCAGGCUCAGUGAGUCAAAGAAGCAUUUGGACGGCGAGAUCGAGCGCCUGAAAGCCGAGCGGCUGGCCCUGGAACAAGAAGCUGCCGACUGGAGCCAGGAUGACAGGGUGGAGACGCUCGAAAGACAGUUGCAAGACAUGUACUUGCGGUGCAAGGAGCUGGAGGAGCAUAUUGCCGGUGACGAGGAGACGGAAGCUGAGUCGAUAGUUUUGCAAGAAAAUCUGAUAAAGUCGCGGGAAAGGUGUGCAGACCUUGAAAGGAUGAAGCAGAUGGAUGAGGAGAAGUUGAAGGAAUUGGAAGCCAAACUGCAAGCGGCGACUGAUUUGAAUGAGACGCUUAAAAACAGCACACCAAGUGUGGAAGAAAUCGUGACAGCAGCAACAGCUCCCAUCAUAGAAGCAGCCAGAGUGAUUCCCCCGCCGAGCAUGACUGAAAUGGCCACCAUGACUGAAGAAGUCGCCGUGUCCGAGAGCUCGUCAAACACGGAUGCCCCUCCAGUUGAGGCGAAAGAGCAACAACAAUCGCCUCCUUUGCCCACUCAAACAACCCCUGCCGAGGUAGAGAAGCUGGCCGAGGCCCUGCGCGCUAAGCAGAAGGAAAGCGAAUCCCUGGCGGCCCUGGUAGCGCAGCUGCGUGGUGCGCUCGAGGUGAAGAUGCAGGAGGUGUUGAGCCUGACGAUGAGAGGCUCGGACACCCUGCAGUCGGAGCUGGACUCGGCACUGUACCAGCUGCACCAACGGGAUGUUCGCUGCGAUGAACUCACCCUCGAGCUGAUGGCCCUGAUGGAAGAGCGGGACACGCUCCAGCUGCGCCUCUCCAGCGCCCUCAGGCUCAACGCCGCGCACGAGGAGCAGCUCAAGGAGACUGAUGGACAGUCGGAAGAUUUGCAGAUGAAGCUUCAUGAAUUACAUUCCGUUGGCCACAAGCGCGAUGUUUCCUUGAGGGGCGAACAGGAGGCGAGAUUCACUGAGCAGCAGGCUGCCUUCUUGCCCCAACGCCACUCGCCUCAGCAGCAGAGAGCUUUACAGAUUGAAGACCAGCAGCAACAGCAGCAAGGCUCGAACGGACUUCUUGGCUGGCUGUGGGGUUACUAGAGUGACUAUCUAUUUGUUACGCAAAUUUCAUGUUUUCCUAAAGAAAUAAUCACGUUGCUAUUGCAAAUUUGAA